GUGGGGGGGUCGCAGACGGCUACGGCGUGGGGGCGUGACGCGUGCCAGUUGGACUGCCAGUGGCAGCCGGUGGUCUGACCGCGUAGGCCGAUGGAUCGCGAGUUUUGGGCCCCUUGGCCCCUCAAGAGACUCAAGAGACUGGUCGGCUGUGUUACCCCGUGCGGUGAGAGGAAUCUCUGCAGUCAUGGGGAGUGCUCAUGGCAAGGUUGUCUCACUGCUGUCUGAGUGCGGAUGUCACGGAUCGCCAAGGAAACGACUUGCUUGCCAAUCCUGGGAAUCUGAGCUGCUUGAGAUGAGUCUGGAACUCCAAAGGAAGCUCGAGGAUCCGCGCUUUGUGGCCCAGCGCUGUGAUUUGGAUGGUUCUGGAGAUUUGGACCCUCAUGAGCUCAAACAGGCCAUUCGUGCCUUCGGCACAAAGCUUUCAGAUGAAGACCUUGAAGAGCUCAUGGAGGGGGAGGAGCGUCUCAGCAUGGAUCGCUUCGUGCAGAUCGUCGCAGCGCUCCGAGGUGAAGCCUCUCCAUUGGGGCUGAGCGCUCGCAGCGCCCCCUGCGCCGUUCCACACUCGUUGCGUGGCAUGGCGUUAGGACAACUGGAGCGCCUUGAGGAGGUGUUUGUGAAGUCUGGCUGGCUGGGGGAGCAAUGUGAGAGCUUCAACCAGCUGAAUGAGGAAGCAAUCCGUCAGGGAAGCAAGUACCCGCAGGCAGAGAACUUGUAUGCCAUGAACACCUUUGUGGUCACGCCGAUGACAAGGCCUGGCACCUGCAAGGCCCGGGAUCAGGACAGCCGCUUCGAAGCGGCGGUUUCACAAGCAAAUUGGGAGAUGUCCUUUUCCGAGCUCUUGAAUCCACAUGGCCUGAUGGUCCACAGCUUCGUCUCCCACUAUUGGGGCCACAUCUUCGAGAAGACGAUUGCUGCUUUGCGGCUCUGGGCUGAGGAGCACUUCAGCUCUUUACCUUCUGGUUGGCCCCAAUCAGUGGUGUAUUGGAUCUGCCUCUUUGCACUGAACCAGCACGCUGUAGCGGAGGAGGUGGGAGAGAGCCCCAAACAGGGUCCCUUCAACGCGGCGUUGGCACAAGCGUCAGCAGGGGCUGUCAUGGUGCUGGAUGAGGAAAUCAACCCUUUUCGACGCAUUUGGUGCUUGUUCGAGGUCUCUCGUCUUGCGGAACUCCACCGGCCAUUAGAGCUGAUUUCUGAGCUGGGUUCGCUGUCGAGGCCUGCAGAGGGCAUCCCGCACGUACAAAAGACACUCCGGGCGGCUGGCGAAGCAUUGUGGGACAUGUCGGCCAGCGAGGCCCUGGCUUCGGACGAGGAAGACAAGUUCCGAAUCUGGCGGGAAAUUCUGGACCCUUCCGAGCAAAGGUUGUGUGACUUCGAGAAUCGUACUUUUGAUCUCUGGGAGUUCUUUGAACAAACCGAUCCGGAAGAGAGAAAAAAGAUGUUCAGCCAGUUUGACGCCCACGUCCAGUCCCUGCUUUCAACAAGCAUGCUACAGCUUCUUCUACGGCAUGGCUCUCACGAAGAAGCUGCCAAGUGCUGUACCUUUGGUGGACGUUUCUCGAAAGAGAAUUUGGCCGAGAUUUAUGCCAACGGAGUGCCAGUAUCUCGCAGGACGAGUUGGUUAAACGAGGCAAUGCAAAGUUCUGUGAAGCAUGGGCAUGUGGAAGAGACGCAGCUCCUACUCCAGACUAAAGCCGAUGUUGCAGCAACAGACAACCACGGCGGCACUGCCCUGAUGCAUGCAGCGUUUUACGGCCAUACGGCUGUCGGGAAACUUUUGCUGGACAGCUGCGCGCAUGUAGCAGCUGAAGAUGAAGAUGGAACCUCCGUGCUACUGUUUGCCGUCGCUGGUGGACAUACUGAAAUGGCCAAGCUGCUGUUGGAGAGGGGUGCUGACGCUGCUGUCCAAGAUGGCAGUGGUUGGAGCGCACUUGCUAUGUGUGCUGAGAGACUUGAUGGAGUGAUGGCACAGGUCCUUCUACAAAGCACAACCACGGCAGCGACAGCAGAACGCAUCCAUAAGCACCUGGAAGAGAAGUUCCAAGGGCAAGUGCCCUCUAUGAUGAUGGCCUUGCACAUGGCAGAUGCAAGCUACCGCGAGAAGAUCUCAGUCCUAAUUGCAGCAUGGGGUGGCUACGAGGCAGCAGAACAACAGGUUGCAGACAUGGAAGGAGAAGACACAUGAGUAGGCUGGUGAAGUGC